UCAUCGCUGCAAAAUGAACAAGCACGCCGGGAAGCAGUAUCCCCAGGGCGCACAGGGCCCAGCGCCCCCGCUCCCCCCGGGACAGCCCCCCGCCCAGCAGCAGCACCAGAAUCCGUACGGCCAGACGCCAGAACAGGCUGCAGCACAUGCCGCUGCCUGGGCCGCCUACUACCAGGCGCAGGGGAUCACGCAGCAGGCAUACUCUGCCCCGGCGAUGCCGGCUCAGCCGCCAGCUGCCGGCACGCCCACCGUGAACAAUCCCUACGCCAACUAUGGCUACGGCGCUGGUGCCCAGCACAACAAGCCGCAGCCUGUCGCCGGCCCGUCCCAGCCCUACAGGCCUCCGCCCAACACCCAGGCGUAUGCUACAGCUGCCACACAGCCCAGUCUGGGGUACGGCCAGCAACAGGCAUAUGGCCAGCAACAGUACCAGGCGUAUCCAGCUCGGCCGCAACCCGGAGCAAGGCCGCCGCAUCAAACAGCGGCAGUAGCGGGGCCACCACCAGCGGCAGCGGCAGCACCAGCGGGACAACAGGCAUAUGCAUGGGGUCAACCUCAACCUCAGGCUUCUGUACAGCAGCAGCAACAGCAACAACAACCUGGUUUCCGUCCUCAGCCAGUGGCGCAGCAAGCAUACCCAGCCUAUCAACAACAGUACUAUUCUCCAGCGGCUCAACAGUCGUAUACCCCUCCUCCCCAGCAGCCGUCUUACCGUCCCAACGUCAAUGCGAACCCUAGUCCCUCACCAAUGCAGCCGCCGGCACCAACGCCUUUCCGACCUCCCACGCAGCAAAACCGACCUCCACGUCCACCCAUGUCCAGCCCUCAAGUCGGCGGUCUUGCUUCCGGUCCCGGCGGCGGCGGCGGCUUCCCGCCAGCAAAGCGACCGAGAUUCGAUGCGCCACCUGGUCCCGCCGGUAACAGGAUGAACAACCGUCCGCCCAACAGCAACAACAAUAACAUGAACAACACCAACUCUAUGCAAGCCGGCGGCCCAAAGCAAGGUCCAGGUCCGAGCUCAAGUCAGCCGUUUGGGAAUCGUAACGUAAGUGGUCGCGGUCCUCACAAUCAGUUUCACGGGCAUGGCCAAAACACAGCUGCUGCUGUUCGUCCGCCGAUUCAUUUGGGGAAUGGGGGACCACCCCCUGUAGCUUUUAAUGCCGGUCCUUCCGGGCCGGCUGCCAUGGGGCCAGGCGCUGGCGCAGGGGCGGGUAUGGUUCGUCCUCCUCCUCCUGCCGGCGGGAUGGCUGCCCCAAUGCGUGGACAUCCAGCCCGAGGGAGGGGUGCACCCAACGCUCCUCGUGGUCCUGCCAACAUGCGCCGAAACGCAAACGCGAACGGGAAUGAUGUGUCUUCCACCUUUUCUGCUUCAUCUUCUGCCGGUAACCUUCCCGGCUUUAACCAAGCAGGCGGUGGUGGUGGAGGAGGGGCGUUCAAAGGUAACAAGGGCUUUGAGAAAGCCCAAGCAAAGAAGAGGAAUCAGGGAGGGAAAGAAAAGGAUAAUAAGGAAGUGAAACCGACGAUGACGGACUUUAGGAUCGUGGGUGUAAAGUUUGGUAGUGGUCAAAAUGUUUGGGAAUGGGGGAUUGUAGAUGGCAAAGUUCCGGAUCUCGUCGGGGUUGCGGUUGGCGAGGGUGAGACUGAGAAUCAGCUUCAGGCUCAAAUUGAGACCCAUGAUGGUCUAGUCAAGGUUGAGGAGGAAGAGGCCGAACCUGCAUCAGUGUCUGUCUCUGCACCCAUACCUACCUCCCAAGCGAACCAGUCGCCUGAAAAGAAAGUGACAAUCAAGCAAGAGCCAGAAUCCCUUGACCCCUCGCCAGUUCUUGAGGGCGAGGGCGAAGAUGUAGCUGCUCCUUCUGUCACUGGCACUGAGGCCCUCAUUGCCGAGGCUGAAGAUGUAGAGGAAAAGGGUAAAGUAAAGGACGAAGAGAAAGAGGGGAAAGAUGAAAAGGAACAGGAAAAGGAAAAGCGUGGUGAAAAACGAAAGGCAAAGUCUCCUGAUGCUGAAGACGAACAUUCAGCCAAACGUACCGCUGCCUACCUCCUUGCGCACAAGAAAUCCAACCUUGCACCCAACCCUCCAUCCCUCGCCAAGCAAGUGCCCGCUCCUGGUUCUGGCGACGGCAACACUACUUCAACCUCUGGCUUCGGCUCAGGCGCUACAGCCGCCACCACCGCUGCGACGACGGCCGGUACCAGUACCAAUACAGCAGGUAACAACGCGCUAAGCAAAUUCGAAUCAAAUUCCAACAGGUUUAGGAUCUACUUUAAUUCUCCCCCCGAACUUGAUCGAAUGCCCAAAGUCCGUGGGAAUGCGGGUAAUAAGAGGUGGAGGAGGGAUAGUAGUGUGGCUACGAGUGUGAUGGCUGCGGGCGGGGCUGAGAAGGGUGUGGAGGGAGAAGGGAAGGAGCAAGAGCAGGGACAGAAAGUUGGACCCCAGACAGAGCAUGGGCAAGAGCAAAGUGAAAAGGCCGAGGGGGAACCUGUUGAAGGCGCGGCGUCUACCAAGCCAGAUACAGAGACGCAGCAGGAUGAUGAUGCCGCCCCUGUUCCAAUUUCCAACGCUCCCGCGCAUGUGCCUGUACAAGGCGAAGCUGAGACCAACGAGCAAGAUCAAGAUCAAGUGGAGCAAACGAUCGAGGGUCAACUUUCUUUUGCUGGUGAGGGUGAGGGUGAGGGUGAAGAACUUUCAGGCUAUCAUCGCCCAGAACAAGAACAGGAAUCGGGUGCCCAAGAAACAGUCGAGGAAGAGAUCGGCCAAGGUGACGUCUCAAUGCGUACUGAUCAGGGAGACUUGGAUGCGUCUUUACAAGGCCCGCUCGAUGGCGAGGUCCCUGCGGAUGGUGAAGCUGAAACCCUCAUCGAGAAUGACGCUGCCGCUGAUGAGAACGUGGUGCCAGAGGAGGGUGAGGGCAACGUUGUGGAGCAAGAUGGGCAAGAUGCGGAGGAUGAAGCUGCCCUUGUUGCGGCGGACAAGGUUGAGAGUACAGAUGCUCCUACGACUGGUGAGGAACAACCAAGUGCUGCCGUUAUUACUACCCCCGACGUUCCCAACCCCGCCGAACCCAGCAUCGCCUCAGAGGUGGCGCCCGCUACUUCCGCUUCUACAAAGGAGAAGAAAGUAACCGACGACUCUGCGGAAGCUAUUGCUGCUGCCCUUGCUGCCUCUGCGUCCAAUACUGCCUCAGCAUAUAAAACUCGCGCUCGAAGACAUUCUUCUGUAUCCACUACCUCUGAGCACCCCCGUACCCAUGGAUCGACUACCACAAAUACCAAUACCAACUCUAAAGGCGGAGUACCUCAGCUCAAGGAAGGGCAACCGUCAUGGAAUAGGUUGUCGAUCUUGUGGGAGGAUAGCCGUAGACGAAUGUGCUUUGAUGUAGACGUCGUGGAAAAGGUGAGGAUAUGGAGAAAGGAAGGAAAGAUUGAGGUAGAAUUGAAGAUGCUUGAGACGAGUGAACAAGAGGAAGGUGCAGAGGCAAGGUUGCCAAAGGGUGUCUUGAUGGAAUUGUGGAACAAGAACGAGGACCGUUUUGUGCCUUAUUCCAUUUCAGACGCAUCCUCUCUCAACUCUUCAACCGAAUCUGAUCCUACCGUCCCGCCCUUUCAUCUCCUCUCGCCCAAUCUUUCCAUGGAUAAGAAACCGCUUACAGUGACAGUCUACCUUAACCAAAAGAAUCCUCUCAGUGAACCAAAAUGGCUCCGGACAAAUACGGCGGACGCAUGGUUGUUUGAGUCGUUUGAGAGCCGAAAGGGGGUCGAUGCAGGCUGGAGGGGAAAGUUGGAAGUUGUGGAUCCUGAUCCUGCACCGACGUUGCAAAGCAUUCUCGAUAAUUGGGCCUCCAACAGCUCCCUCGGCACGCCUUCUUCUCGUCGAGCUUUCAUUGCCGACCUCUCCUCUUCUCCCAACGACCUCCUUGAAAUCCUCCUACGUCUCGCACGAGGAGAACGUAAUCCUACCCUUGGCACAUCCACCGUGCCCUCCUUUGGUCCUCUCGCCACCCUCAUUCGACCGGAUUCACCUUUUGCCUCCCAUCAGACCCAUGUCUCAUUGGCGAUUUUGGCGAUGUAUAGGCUGACAACGGAUUAUGCAGCGAAAGCCGGGGAGAGUUUAGAAGUGGUGGAGGAGAAGGUGGGCGAUAUUAUUAGGACGUUGCCGACGGUGUUAGUGGGGAAGAGCUUGGAUGGAUUGUUCAAAGAGUGGCAGGGUGGUGAUGGGAGAUGAUCCAAUUAGUUGAACUUUUUGAGAGCGAGCUUUGGUUAGGGGAAUAAUGAGCAGGAGGGUCUGUGAAAAAGGUGGAGAAAAAGGAGAAAAAAAGAGACAAUCGUCGUGGCUACUCAAUCCGUGCUUUAAACGUCUUUCACAUCUUCGUCAUUCAGUUUCGCUUCAUGGCAGGUUACCUUGGUUCUCGCAUGCACAUACUCUUGGCUAUAC